AUGGGGAAACUCUACCUCAAUUCCUCACUUUCAUCAACUCCCAACAUCCCAACAUCCAAUUCACAAUGGAGACCGUUCCUGGAUGUCCUGGUCCGUAGGAACGAAGACGGCACCCUAAGCCACGUCUACCGCAAACCAACGCACACGGACCGAUACCUCCACGCAAACUCCCACCAUCACCCCGCCCAAAAGAAUUCGGUAAUCAGCUCUCUAGUCUACAGAGCACUCUCCAUCUCGGAACCAGCCGCCCUAAACGGAGAGCUAAACCACCUUCACCGAACCCUGACCAGGAACGGAUACAGCAGCAGAAACAUCAACCGUACCAUCAAUAAGCUGACCAACAAGGAAUCCGGCCAGAACAACACCACGACACCAGAGACAGAGAAAGAGAAGAUUAAGGCAGUAGUACUCCCAUACGUCAGAGGCACCACGGACCGCAUCAGCAGAAUCCUGAGCAAACACAACAUCAAAGCGAUUUUCAAGCCUUGCAACAAGCUCUCACAAAUGCUCCCCAAUCCCAAGGACCGGAGACCCCCUUUGACAGCCCCAGGGGUUUACAAGGUCCCAUUCUCCUGCGGCAAAGUGUACAUAGGAGAAACCGGGAGGAAGAUUAGUACACGAAUCAAAGAACACCAGCGAUGUACCAAAUACGGCCACUUCUCACAAUCAGCUCUAGCCGAACACAAGAUCGAGACCGGACACGCAAUCCAGUUCGACAAAGCCACCAUGCUGGCCCCGUCCCAAAGCUAUUUCGCACGGAAACACCGCGAAGCCUUGCAACAAGCUCUCACAAAUGCUCCCCAAUCCCAAGGACCGGAGACCCCCUUUGACAGCCCCAGGGGUUUACAAGGUCCCAUUCUCCUGCGGCAAAGUGUACAUAGGAGAAACCGGGAGGAAGAUUAG